CUGUCCAUCUGUCCCCUCUCUCAGCUCAUUGAAGAGCCUGUCAGAGGAGGUGAAGAAAGCCAAGCCCCCCCUCCACAGGAGAAGUAUGAGCUGGUGUCCAUCCAACCUACGUUGUCCUAAUCAGGAGCAAAUAGACAACCGAAGCUCCAGUCUGGAAGGUCUGGAGGUGGGGAGGACAGCGGUUCAAACUCAAUGUCCCAGCUUCAGUGAUCCAGAGGAAAGGGCUGCAGGCACAAGUUUACACUUUGAUAACCAGGACAGAGGCUCUCUGGUCUCUCUCACCGAGGAAGAGCAGGAAGGAGAUGGCAGUAGCAUUGAUAGCCAGACAUUGCAUCAGGUACUGUCAGCGACAACCAGCUGUCCUGCCAUAAUUCAUCAUCAAACUGUCACCAAAUCCUUCUCCACGCUCACCAUCAGCCACCGGGACAUAGAUGGGGUGAGCUCACUGUCCGGCAACUCUGAGUCACUGGGAUACAGUAUUUCAGAAGAGCCAGGCCCUCUUCGGAGUGACAUUGAGGAAAGAGGACCGAAAAUCAGUCGAACAUUCAGCUACCUUCGCAGCAAGAUGAGCAAGAAAGGCAAGGAGAAAGAGAAGGAGAGGAGAGGAGAGACUAAACGAGAGAGCAAAGAGAGAGAAAAGAAGAGUGCAAGUGGUCAUCUCUUCAUUCCCAUCAGUCUUCCUGCCUCCACAGCCUGUCAGCACUGCACCAAACUUCUGCACAAUAAGGAAACUUCCCUGUGCAACAACUGUGGAGUCCAUGUCCAUAAAAGCUGUACAGAGAGCCUUUCUGUCUGUGCAAAGAGCAAAACAAAGCAGCAAUCGCUGGUACCAGCAGCUGUUCCUGGGUCAGCUGUUAACAUGAGGAGUAAAUCUACGUCUUCAGCAUCAUCUCUGUCAUCAACAUCUUCUUCAUCCUCACGGGAGCGUUGGUCUACCACAACCACCCCUGAUGACCAGCUUCCUGCGAUGUUUCCACGGAGACACCCCAGCAUUUUCAACGCACACAGCAACUUGUCCAAGAGCACCUCCACUAGCAACAUAGCAGGGUUAGAUGACGUUCCGCUAAAAGGCCUUAAGUUUCUGUCCCAGUCUACCGACUCUCUCCAUCAGGGGAGCAAAGUCAACGCCUCAACUGAGUCACUAACAGAUGAAGGUACCGAGGUGAUUGACAGUCAGCUAAUGGGCGAGUUUGAGUAUGACAUUAAAGAUCUGGAGGCUGAUUCUUGGAGCGGCAAGGUGGAUAAGAAGUUCCUAAAAACACUGAAGAAAGAUGAAAUCAAGAGACAAGAUAUAAUUUAUGAGUUGUACCAGACAGAGGUUCACCACGUGAGGACACUGAAGAUCAUGUCAGAAGUGUAUUAUAAAGGCCUUCAGAAGGAGGUGCAACUUGAUACUCAAACUCUGGACAAGAUUUUCCCUGUUUUGGAUGAGCUGGUGGAAAUGCACACACAUUUCCUCACACUGCUUCUGGAGAGGAAACGAGCCACAUCAGCCGAAGCACAAAACGGUAACAACUUCCUCAUCUACGCUGUUGGGGACAUCCUGCUCAACCAGUUUUCAGGGUGCAAGUCUGACCGUAUGAAGAAAGUUUAUGGAAAGUUUUGCAGUCGCCACAAUGAGGCCGUCAAUCACUAUAAAGACCUGCAUGCCAAAGAUAAACGCUUCCAGGCUUUCAUCAAGAGGAUAAUGAGCAGCAGCAUCGUGCGCAGGCUCAGUAUACCGGAGUGUAUUUUGUUGGUUACCCAGAGGAUCACUAAAUAUCCUGUUCUGAUCCAGAGGAUACUUCAGCACACGAAAGACUCCGAUGAAGACCACAGCUGUGUUUCUGAAGCACUGCGCUGUGUAAAGGAGCUCAUCAUGGCCGUGGACAGUAAAGUCAAUGAGCAGGAGAAGAAACGGAGACUGAGGGAGGUCUACAGUCGCACUGAUAGUAAAUCAAUCAUGAGGAUGAAGAGCGGACAGAUGUUUGCUAAAGAGGACUUGAUCAGAGGGAGGAAGCUGUUGCAUGACGGAUCACUGCAGCUAAAAAACUCUGUUGGACGACUCAAAGAAGUCAAUGCCCUGCUCCUGUCUGAUGUAUUGGUCUUCCUUCAGGAAAAAGACCAGAAAUAUGUCUUUGCUUCACUGGACCAGCGCUCCACGGUCAUCUCUUUACAGAAUCUGAUUGUCAGAGAAGUGGCAAAUGAAGAGAGAGGUCUGUUUCUGAUCACAGCUGGCACGGAGAGACCAGAAAUGGUGGAGGUCUUAGCCAGCAGCAAGGAGGAGCGCAACACAUGGAAGGCUAUUAUACAGGACGCUAUGCACAGCAUGGAGAAAGACGAGGAUGAGGGACUCCCCAGCGAGACAGAAGAAGACAGACGGCAGCAGGAGAACAGAGCAAAGGAGAUUCGAGCACUUCUAAGGAGAAAAGAUGAGCAGAUCAUCUCUUUGUUGGAGGAGAAGGUCCACAUCUUCAGAGAGUUGGGUGACUGCAAUCCUGUCCCUGAGGAUACAAACCGAACAGUCAGGGAGCGGAUGCUAUUCAUGGUCACACCUGAUGAUGUCACAAAGGGGGAGCCAAUCAUAAAUGAUGUCCUGAGAGAAGUGGAGACCCUGCAUGCUUUAGUGAGCUGUGGUGUUGGUGGAGCAGACUGCAAAGUUCCAGUUGGUGGGACAGGGGGCAGUAUGGGACCAGUCUGUCUGCCCAGGCGAGCUGAAACAUUCGGAGGCUUUGAUAGUCAUCAGAUGAACAGCAGCAAAAAUGGAGAGAAGGAAGAGGGAGAUGAUUCACUGGACCUCCGCAGGACUGAGUCAGACAGCGUGCUGAAAAAGGGAGCAACAGCCAGUCUGCAGAUGCUGCUAAAGAGAAACAAUGAAGUCCUGCACAGUGUGACACAUCUUCAUGACCUGCUGAUUUCACUGCAGGCAGUGGUCGUCCAGCAGGACUCAUUCAUCGAGGACCAGCGGCAGGCCCUGAACGACCGGUUUGCCACCAACUCCUCCAGACACUCGUCGUCUUCCUCACUGUCGUCCUCAUCUUCCUCCCGCCCUUCCUCUCUUAUUGAGCAAGAGAAGCACAGGAGUCUGGAGAGACAAAGACAGGAGAUGGCGAGCCUACAGAAACAACAGGCUGCACACCAGGAAGAGAAGAGAAAGAGAGAGAAGAAGUGGGAGUUAAAAGAGAAAGGUCUGGCAGAACGGGAGGAGAGGCUAAGAGUGGAGGAGGAUGAGACCAGGAGAAGGCGUAUGCAACUAACGGCGGAAACGGAGACAUUACAGAGAAAGAAAGACGAGUACCAAAGAGAACUGGAGAGGCUGAGAGAGGCACAGAGGAGGCUGGAGAGAGAAGAGGAGGCGCUAAGAAGAGACACAGAGAGGCUAUAUGCCAAAGACCAGUCAGAGCAGCUUCAAAGGUACCAGUCAACUUCCCUCACCAAUUUAGAAGACUCCCUACGGUUCCACAGCUCAGGGUCUCUGGAUCUGGGUUCAAAAGAAGUAGCAGAACCACCAAAAGAGGUGGAGCUCUCAUCUUCUGCCCCGACUAAGGAACCUUUCCUCCGCAUUGGAUCCAAGCGGAUGGGCAAAAACUUCAACCCUUUCUCCUCUGCCUCCACCUCUAAGCCUCAAGGAGCAGAGAGGGAAUCCCAGCUCCCCACAAAACUGCUCCAACUGGCUAAACCUAAAGAGAAGAAAGACAAGAAGAAGAAGAAAGGGAAAGGAGGCGAUCAGACAGAGAUAGAGAACAAAGUUGCUGUGAUGUUGGAUCCUCAGAAUGAGGGAGACAUCUUCUACUGCUGAGAAUCUGAAUGAUGCACAAGUGAACUUCAAAGCUUCCUGAGGAACCAGACAAUGGCCAGUGCAGCAAAAACUACUCCAAUUGUCUCCCAAGUCUCUGUUUGGAUGGAAAAUUAUUGCAUUAGCCACUGCUGACAGUCUGGCCCCUGGACACUGUCCCAGCCUGCCUAUCAGACAGAGUGCAUCAUCACGGAUGAGAAACCAGCUCAGGGUCACAGACUGCUCUUUAAAACAACGUACAGACUUAUCUGAAGGUGUCCCGAGUAAACAAAAGGGGACCACCUCCUCCAGAGACAUUGGGUAACAUUUUGAGCUGACAUAUUCAGUGAUUAGGAUUUUAAUUCAAGACGUGUGCCAAGAAUAUCCCCUAACAACCCUCCAUCACUGAAAGAUGUGAUGGAAAGCCUCGGAGGAUCAAACAAGAACAGAAGACUUUCUUCCAGCUGUAAAUCACAGACAUGUGCUAGUUCAUGUCAUGCGGUGCUUAAAGUCAGAUCUGUUCAAGACUUCAGACUGUUGCGAAACUUAGCUUUAGCAUGAACCACUAAGUGCCAUUUCUUUCAGGAAUUGCUGAUGCUAACUUUGGAUGCUUAUUUUGCUGGUGACUCGUGAGUUUCUGCUCACAGUUCCACCAUCUGUGUCCCAACUUGAUGAACUCCUAAUCUAAUGUGUGACUCGUGUCCCUACAUUUGCUUUAACUCAAGACUUAUCAGUCAAGCUGACAAAGUCAAACAAGGGAUUAACAGAUGCCACUUGACAUGUAAUAGGUACAAUAGGUAACCCCUGAUUGAACCCACUGUUUCUCACUGUUCACACUGUGUGCUAAGGUCAAUGUACGUCAAGGCCAAAGACUGUCAGACACAAUCAAUUUAUUGUCAUUCAUCAGAGAGAGGAGGAAUCUAUUUAAACUGGCUUGUCUCAUGGUCCGCUAAUUAAAGCUGGUCAGGCCUUGAAGAUCAUUCCCACUCUGUCAGUAUAGACAGCAGUUUUUUACAGCUCUGGAAGAGCUCCACAUAAGAAUUAGUGAUCAUCUGUAGCUUUUGUUCAGUGUGACAAUCAUGACAGGUCAACUGUUGUUGCAGCACAACAAGGAUCAGGAAUCCAAAGUUGUUAACAUGCACUUUAUACACACGCACACACACACACACACUCGCACAUACACAUACUAUUUCCCCCCAAUAAUUUAAUCAUAAUGUUUUUUCAAUAAUUUGAUACUCAUGAAAGAGAACAUAUUCAUUUGUUGUUGCAAACUUAAUUCCUAAUACAUGUUGAAUUGUUUUUAGAUGGGGACAGAUCCCCAAAGUCCUAAAGGAUGAUAUUUUUUAUUUUGUGCUGUCAGGAUUUCAUACUCAUGCUUGCAUGGUGGUAAAUGUUCAUAUUUUUGCAUGUCCAUCUAACUGAAAUGAAAUAGAAGUGUACCAACACCAUGGCUUUCUCUGUGAUCCUUAAUAGGAAAAGUACUAGUAACUGAUUUAAAAUGGAAACACUUUGGUAUGGAACUGCAGUACUUGCUAGUUAUACUGUAGUAGGGCUUGGUCAGAGUUCAGUAUUAUUGAAAAUAGAUGUUUUAUCUGGACUAGAAAUGUACUACAGAAGUGAAGACCCCACAGUGACAAAUCACUUAACUGUCAAAUGAUUCCAAAUUGCAUCACCUGUCAAUAAUUGCAUUGUUUCUACAAUGAACACUUGAGUGUUUCCUUUUAUGAGCAAUCAAGAAAAAAGAAACUUGAGAAAGACUAUAUUAAAAAUAAAGAAGAAACGGAAUGCAACAAAGGUGUACACACACGUGAUCACGUAAACACAAAAUCUGUGAUUUCAAGAACGUGUCAUUGUGACACUAACCAGAGCAACAUGUAGCGUGAGAUGAUUGGUCAGAUCAAGGUAUUAUUUUACAAUGUUCAAAAUCAAUAAUUCCAAACACAUCUGCGUGAAAAACGAAUUGAGUUAUGGGUUGUUGGGUUGUUUUUGUUGUUUUGUCUGUUAAUUCACACUGUGAAUUUCAAUUCAGCCAUACAGCCCAGCCCUACAUUGUUCAUAGUUUUCUAGGAAGAGAGAGUCACACAACAUCUACUCGCAUUCUCAAUUUGUUUAAAAAUAAAAAAAUUAUCAAUAAGAAGAAGAAGAAGAAGAAAUUCAGAAUAAUGAUAAAAUCUACAUCACAGUGAAUUUACCAUUUACACCCAGCAGCCAUAACAGUAAAACCACUGAAAGGUGACGUGAAUAACAUUGAUUAUUUUGUUACACCUGUCAGUUGGUGGGAUAUAUGAGGCAGAAAGUGAACAGUCGGUUCAAAUUAAUGCGUUGGAAGGGGGAUAAAUGAGCAAGCAUGAAUACUUGUGUGACAUUGACAACAGCUAAAUUGUGACAGGUAUACAACUGGGUAAGAAUAUCUCCAAAACGGCAGGUGAUCCUUCAGUGGGUAGGACCUUCCAAAAGUGAUCCAAGGAAAGACAUUAGAUGAACCAGUAACGGGGUGAUGGGCGCCCGAGGCUCACUGAUGCAAGUGGGGAGCAAAGGCUACCCUACAACUACAACUUUCUGAAAACCAUAGGAAGGUGUCAGACCAUAUAGUGCAUUACAGUUUGCUGUGUGGCUACAGAUCAGUCAGAGUGCCCAUGCUGACACCUGUCCACCACUGAAAAUAAGUGCAAUGAGCAUGUGAGGAUCACAACUGCACCAUGAAGCAAUGGAAGAAGGUGGUCUGGUUCACUGAAUCACUUGUUCUUUUACAGCAUGUAUCCACACAAUACCGCAGAAACAUCAGAAAAAACAUUAAGAGAGGAGUGAGCAGCUGCUUUGUUAUGUUUACAUGUUCUAUACUGUGAGCUCACUAAAGGAACCCUCUCGAUGUUUCUGUUAACCACAGGGAUUUCUAUGCUGGAUCCCCACUGCAAGUUUAACAAUUUCCAAGUUAGAGUCAGUGCACAAAGUGUACGUUAAAUUUCUCUAAAGUGUUUUUCAAAAAUUGUUGUCAAAUUUGACUCUAAAUGGGUAGAAUAAACAUGUAAAUUUAA